AUGAUUGUAAAGUGUGAACCUAUUUACGUUACGUGGAUAGACAGUGUACCAGUUUCGAAACUCAUCGAGGUAUCACGAGAGUACAAGAUGCCGCUCUGUCUCGCCUUCAUCGACUUGAAGAAAGUCAUCGACUCAGUUGAGAAGGAAGCGGCCGUAGAAGCCUUGGACAACAAAGGCGUCCCUACUCAGUACAUAAAGGUGCUUCGAGAGUUCUACAACUUCACGACCGGAGUUUCGUCAUUCUACAAGAAUAUCAUUAUUGAAGUGAAGAGCUCAACGCUCAAUGGAACGAACAUAUCCGAAUGCACCAGCUACGUUUAUCUGGGUCGGGAAUUGAACAUGAUGAACGAGUCGACUCCCGAGCUAGGCAGGAGGAGACGAGCGGCUUGGGGAGGAUGUAGUGAAGAAGACCAGGAACACCCGGCACCGUGCUCACCUCUUCAACACCACCGUACUUCCUGCUUUGACCUAUGCUUCGAAAACUUGGGCAUCUUGCAAGCAGGAAGACAACGCGGAAGACCGCCGAUCCGAUGGUCAGAUUUCUUAACGAAGUCCUUCGAAGAAAAAUACGAUGCUCUUCGUGUCCCACGCGAAAGGAGGAACCACUGGGCUACUCUGGCACGCGAUCGGGACAAAUGGAAGAAUUACUGGCGCCCGCUCGACCAGUUCGAAGAUCAACGGGAGUCAAGGGCUCCAGAGAACUCGAAGAGGAUAGUAGGAGCUAAUCCAUCGACGGAAACCGCUGAAGAGUAUAUCGAAGCGAACGUUAUCGAAACUGAUGCGAAUGCGAAGUGA